AUGGCUCAUGAAGAUGAUGAGCCGUUGUUACCACUGAUGGACCACGACAACACCAGUAUUGGUCGCACCAAGGUUUCUUCAGCACAGCACGAUUCACAACAUCAGGAGGAUGAUAUUGUAAAGUUUUCAAAGUUAUCUGGAUCAACUGUAAAUGAUUCUAUCAUGUCAACAUCUUCAGGACCUGAGGAUGAACGCUUGGAACACCACCACCAUCAUCAUAGCCACCUUCGCAGCCAUACUUCACACUCACAUGUACAUAAGGAUAUAGGAAAAUCAUCAAUGUCAACAGAGGAUCAUCACCAUCAUCAUCACCACCAAGAUGAUGCUGCUUUUUUUCACGAUACGGAUGAAGAGGAUGAACCUUCAUUAUUACAAUUGCAAAAGAAAACAGAAAGGGACCAAAGACGUCUUAAAAUUGCAGUUGCCCUGUGCGGUACUUUUUUCAUCAUUGAGCUCUUGGGUGCAUUGUGGUCAGAUUCAUUAGCUCUUCUUAGUGAUUCUUUCCAUCUCUUAUCUGACAUUGUAUCAUUUGCGAUCUCAUUGGCAGCCAUCUAUCUCUCUCACCGUCCCUCAACUGCUGUACAUACAUUUGGAUAUCAUCGAGCAGAAGUAUUAGGUGCACUUUUCUCCAUCUUCUUGAUCUGGGGCUUGACAUUAGCGCUGGUUGUUGAAGCAUACGAUCGAAUCAGGAACCCAAUUAAUAUUAAUGGCAAGACCAUGGCUAUUAUUGCAGGCUUAGGCGUCUUUGUGAACAUCAUUUUGAUGUUCGUAUUAGGCGGACAUCACCAUCACCAUGGAGACGAUCAUGAGCAUGGACACUCGCAUGGAUUUGGACAUAGCCAUACACAUCAAGGGCAUGUACCUCUUCAAGCUGUAGGAGAGCACGAUCAUGAUUUGGAUCCCCUCACUCACAAAUCACACUCACAUCAUGAGCAUGAUCAUGAUCACAGCCAUAGCCAUAGCCACGACCACGGCCACUCCAAUCAUCAUCACCACGUCAAUCUAAAUAUCACUGCAGCAACACUCCAUGUCUUGGGUGAUCUUUUAUCAUCCAUUGGCGUCCUUAUCUCAUCGCUUUUCAUCACCUUCUUUCCAGAUUGGACCUAUCUGGAUCCGAUCUGUACAUUUGUCUUCUCAAUCCUCGUGAUCGGAACCACUUUGGGUGUCUUUAAGCGAUCAGUCUCUAUUUUGAUGGAGAGUGUACCCCGAGGCAUGGAUUCUGAAGAGAUCAAAGAGGCCAUCUGUGAUGUUCCUGGAGUUUUGGAAGUCAAGACGUUAUAUGUAUGGUCCUUGACUAUUGGACAGGCUGCUCUUGCUGGUGAAAUUUAUUUACAACCAGAGAUCAAGGACCUACGAAAAGCUGCUGCUAUUGUCACUACUGUACGGAGGAUGAUCAAGAAACGAUAUGGGAUUAAGAAAUGUACUAUCCAAGUAGCAUUGUACACACAGAGGGCCUCAUCAUCAUCGCUUGCGAAACACGGUACUGUCACUGCCACUGCUACUGGCAUUCAUAAUGGUGACAAUAGUAGUGGCAGUGCUCAUUCAACGACUAAUUUGCCGGCAAAGCAUGACCAUGAUAUUAUUUUUUCAAUCGAAGAUGAGGAUGAGGAUAAUAACAAUAACAACAACCCCUUUACUCAUCCUGGUGAUUCAGAAAACAAGCAUCUUUAUACGCACUCACAUGUCUUUUCACACGAAACUACACGUGCAGGGACACCUCUAAGUCAAUAUCGCAACAAUCGUCACAAGCUCGACAAUGGCGAUGAUGAGAGUGAAACAGAAAUGGAACAGGAAACACCCCUACGUACAGAGUCUACUCGAUGGUCUUGA